CUUCCAUUUUCACUAAACAGUGACUCAAAAACAAAACAAAACCUAAAACCCCUAAACCUCAACACUCAACAAUGGCAGCUACAACAAAGCUUCUCCAACUCCGGCCAAAACUCAAACCUUUCCCUGAACCCAACCCCAUUUUCCCCCAUUUCUUCUCUUCGAAUUCAAAUUCCGAUCACCCCCAAAUCCCUAAUAAUACCCUACCCCCUACCUCAGAACCCCCCACACCUAAACCCUUCUCUUUUUCCUCUAUCCCCAAUAAUCCCAGAAACCAAAAUCCUUCUUCUAAAACCCCAUCAUUAGAAGAAAUUAGAAAAAACCUCGCUGAAUUCCGCCGCCGUACUGAUUCUAUUCCUCCACCGCCGUCAUUUCAAGAAAUCUACAAAAGAAAUGUCAAUAAUGCCCCUAGACCGGGCCCCACCGGAAAGUUUGACCUCAGCGCCAUUCGCACUAACCUCCGUAACUUCAACAACAAUAACAACUACAACCAGAAUAAUGAGAAUAGAGGGAAGUUGUUUGACUCGUUAUCGCUCUCGCGAUAUAAGGAUAGUUUUAAGUUGAGACCCAAUAUGGAUAAAGUGAUUGGUGGGAGUGAGAAUUUGCCUGUGUCGAUUUUUGGUAAGGAAAUGAUGAGGGAUAAAGAGGGUGGUCAUAAGGAAGGGACGAGGGCUGAGUUUGUUAGGAUGUACAGUCAUGGUGAAUUAGGUGAGAAGUUGAAAAUGUUGAGGCCCGCGAAAAAGAAGGAGGGUGAGAAGGGUUGGUUUUCGUUGAAAGAGUUGAACGAUAGAUUGGCGAAGCUAAGGGAGACUGAGGAGAAAGAGAGCGAGUCGAGGAUGGCUGGCGUCGGGUUUAGGGAAUUGAAAGAGUCUCUUGUUACGUUGAGGACUCACAAUGAGGAGAAGGCUAAUAGGACAAUGAUUCAGAGACUUGAUGUCUUGGGGCAGCUGGGUGGUACCCCAAGCUUUAUGUUGCAUCCACCAAAAGAAGAAUUGGUUGAAAAGUAUUUCCACCCAGAUAACAUGUCAUCCGAGGAAAAAAUGAAACUGGAGCUACAAAAAGUGAGAGAUGAAUUUAAAAUGUCAGAGUCGGAUUGUGGCUCAUCACGUGUUCAAGUGCCAUGGAAUAAUCUAUAUCCUGUAGAAAGCAGUAUUAAUUUGCUUGGAAUCUGCUUUUCUUCUGAUUGUCUACAAUGUGGAGACCAAGAAGGGUAA